AUGAAGAGAAAAUAAUUACAUCUCCCAACCAGGAGAAGUAGAUCAAAUGCUUUAAGAGAUAAACUUAAGCUUUUGCUAGAGGAAAUUUUAUUAUGGAUGGAUAUGAACAUGUUUGGAGAUCUAUUUCCAAGUUUACAUGUAGCUGCUGUUAUAAUGCAUGGAGUAAUUGUUGUGAUAGUAUUUUACAGAUUUCCAAGAAGAAUAUUAAUCGGAGAAAAUGUUCCAGGAGUAUUUAUUGAUAAAUAAAUUAUGUUAAAUGCAAUUAAUGAUCAAGACAAUCCAACUGAAUUAGAAAAUUAAAAUGCUUUUGAAUGA